AUGAACAAAGCAAUAAAAGAUCCUGUGAUCAAUUCUAAACAGUUAACGCGAACGUCUGAAGCAGCAGCAGUGGCGGCUGAAGGAAUUAAAAAAAAUUCAGUAAUUGUCGGAAUAUUGAUCAACCAAAAGUUAAAAAUGUAUACUCACGAUUUGACACUAGGAGCUGCACUAACGGGACCUAGUGCACCAGAAGUUGCCGGACCGCUGGAGUUUAAAGCUGGUAGACUAGAUGAUGACGGUCCAGGUGAUGGCGGUUUGGUGGGUCCAGUAGGUAUUGUUCCAGAUGGUGCUGGUCCGGCUGGUUCAAUAGGUGCUUCAGAGGGUGCUGUCGGGCCGGCGGGUAUUGUUUCAGAUGGUGCCGGUCCGGUGGAUUCAGUAGGUGCUCCAGAGGGUGCUACUGUUGGUCCAACAG